AUGAGUGAAUGUGUCUCAACUUUGACCCUGAGGGGAUAUGAUAGUGGAGGAUGGGGGGAAGACGGCAAGAUUGCAUCGAACAGAUUGUGGAAGGCAUGCCUGGCCGCUCGGCUGGAUGAGAGACGUUCAGGGGUGCUGGAUGUUGUGCAAAGAUCCGGGGGACAUCCGCCUUCCGCCAGGGAUGGGCGCUUAGCGAAGGAAACGGCGGGGUCGAAAGGUGAGAGUCGCAAACCCCCUCGGGGCAUUCUCUCCACCCGUCCGGCGGAACGCCGGGCGGCGCCGCUUUCGCGCCUGCCGUCUCCGCGUUUCGGCCGCUCUUCGGCCGGGGGGCCGCGGCCGCGACGGCGGCGGGGUUCGGCCCGGUUUUUUCGGCUUCGUUCCAAUGAAAUAAUAAUUAUUUCUACGUUAUUUCGAAGGCGUUUCGUCACCAGGUUUGCACUUUUGGCCUUUGUGAACUGGCGGCGAUAAGUUCGGUUUUCGCCGCCUCGGGCAAUUAGUCGCGGUUCAGUGGGCUUCGACGGAAAAUUUAGGGAGAAGAAAUGGCUAUGGAGAACAAAUUGCUAGGAAUUGAAAAACUCGUUUGUUUUGGUAGAUGGUCUCUCACAAAAGUUAUAUUUCAGGUCUAGAGGGUUUAGGAUUUAGGAUUUACAAGAUGCCAAGAUUUUCUUUUUGUGGAGAAAUUCAAAAUUCUUGUUGACAAGAGAACAAAAGGAAGUAAAUUUGAGCAGAUUAGGCGAUUUGGUAGUCAUAAUAGUAGUGUUUACUACGUUAUGUUACCAAUUUUGCUCUGUUACUAGCCUGCAAAAGUUAUUAUUUUGAAAGCUUUUUAGUGAGUCUGCUUGCCAUUUAGAAAACUAUACAGGGUGACCCAAAAUAACGGAGACAAAAGAUUUUCCGUUUUUUCUGCGACUUAUUAAGAUUCAUGAGUGACUCCUUAUUUAUAUUACAGUACCACGUUAGGGUAGUUUUAUUUACCGGUAGUUUUGUUGUACGACGCUCUUCUGUCUUGAACGACAUGAAUAUAUCCGGUUGACUCGGACCCUUCCGCCCGUGGGGUCUUUUUACAAGAAAGCUGCCUUACUCAAAAAAGAAAACUCGGAAUAGCUUGAGAUUUGCAGUGAUUAAUUAUCGUAACAAGACCUUUAAAACGAGCUAUCAUACUAAGCUUACCCGUCGAUGGUUCAAAAGUUACAGUCGAGUAUUUUCAGACAGUUGAAGUGCAAAAAUCGGCCUUUUUUGAAAAUGUAAGCGUAAGAUGGAGUUUAAAUGUUAGAUAAGGCAAAAUGUAAUAUGAGUUACUAGAACAUGAUUAAAGGAACACCAUAGGACCAAAAGAGAAACAUUUUGUAACUACUACGGAAUGCUAUUUGGUAAUCACUAGAAUUGUGCCUUAUUUUUGCCUUAGGCGGAAUACCAGUCGAGCCGGUGACACAAAAAGACCGAAAGUGCCCUAGGCCGAUUCUCAAGAGUCGUAUUUAUAAGUGUACAAGAGCAGAAUGCGCCGUUUUUAUCUAUCUUGUCAUUUUGUUAUCGAUAACCCAUCUUUCUCAAAGCCGCGUGCCAUGGGGUGUUCUGGGCGAGAAACUUGUUAAGGAAAAGCUGUUGCAACCAGCAAGCAAAAACAGAUUUUUUCAGAAUCAUUGUAUUUAUGAAUAGAACACGUACUAGCGGUUUUAGCUUUAUUCGAGAAAAACUGAAAUUUUUAUGGAAAAAAUUUGAAAAAAAUGGCAAUCUUGAAUGUUGCGAUUGGUACCACCGUAGAAAUAAAAACCGUAGCCCAAAAACCUACGCAACUGCUUUCUUAGGGACAUAGUAGUCUAACAAAACAAAUGAACUUGCCAUUUCUGCGGAUGUAGUACAGCCAGGCUUUACACAACACAAGGGAACCGAAAUUGAAGGCCAAAAAAACGGCGCAAAGCAUCUUUCUUAAGCUGUAACUUUUUACUGCGACAUGAUGAUUCCACCAAAUUCUCGUGGAUUAUAGAGAAGGUGUUAUAGAAUAUUACCCGCUGUUGCUUAUGUUUCUCUAACGCCCGGUUUUCGCGGUGGGACCCUUCAAAAAUUGUCUCCGUUAUUUUGGGUCACCCUGUAUUCUACACUCGUCUUUCGCUGAUCCCAUUAGUCUCUUUUUGCGUUGUCUCUCGGCUGCAAAGAUUGUAAAAUUUCCCUGGUAUCUUUGCAAAGCAAAAGCUAAAAUUUUCGCAAAUUGAUUUGUGGCCUCAUAAGAGCUGUGCUAAAUUUGAGAGAAAUCUGUCUUAAACCUUUAGAGCUUCUCACAUUUACCAUUUCUGGCUGCUGAUUUGCCUAAAAUUUCCUGUUCGUUACGCUAAUUUUAAGAUUUGAGUUCUUUGAAAAUUCUUCAUUCACAAGAUUGUUUACACUCGCCGCUAGACACCACCAUCCAUUUCGAACAUUUAGGGCUUAAGUACGAUUGGGAGAGCCUGGUAUUUCCCCUCCGGCCAUUUCCUUUUCUCUCCAUUGUUAUCUUUUUCCUUUCAGAUUCCGGACACCGAAUCUGUUUGGGAUCCAUUCUGUUUUUGUUGUGCGAUAUUAAUGCGGAAGACAUUUUUAAGUGGUGUUUUGAUGGUUAUGCCGGGUGUACUCUGCAUGCAGAAGUGGGCUUCUGGGGGCAUGGAUUUGUAAAUUCUCUUCAGACAUAAACAUGAGAUCUUUUGCUCGCGCUUUGCCACGACGGAGAUUUUUGGUCCAAACAUUUCUUGGCGAGUUUAAAAAACCUUACAAUUAGUCUUGUUGUAAGGCCAACGUUUCUACAAAAACUGAAUUUUUUACGCGAGUAAUCGGCAGAGAUACGAAAAAAAGUGUUUUUAGGCCGCUCUAUGCAUUUUGCGUUAUUUCUCGUCGGCAAAGGAUGUGACAAAGGAAUUUUAAGCAGGUUUCAACGAUUCCUAGAGAUCUGGUUGACAAUUUUUAAUAACAGUAUAAAAUCUCCCGUAAAACGAGCCAUUCUAUAAAAAACAAUAUUUAUAGUCCCUAGGGCCCAUUUUAGACCAAUUUGGACGUUCUCCGAAAAAAAGUUUUCUAAAACAAAUAUUUUUUUUAGUUUUGUGUAAUUCGUUGAUCACUGAGCUUCCCUGUAUUUGAACAAUUUUUGUAGGAGGUCAUAAGUAGCCGCGUGUUUUGGACGUAAAUAGCUACAGUGGGGGACCUGAUCCAGUGGAAAAAAACGUACCAUUUUGCAUCCGGGAAGCAUAAAAAAUGUGGCAAAAUACUUCCCUCUCCAAGUGAAAAAACUCCGAUUUCAAAAGCGCGCCCUCUCUUUUUGUGAGGGAAUUCAAAAAGAAGUUUUUUUUUUCACUUGGAGCGGGAGGCAUUUUGCCACAUUUUUUAUUCUUCCCGGAUGCAAAAUGGUACGUUUUUUGCCACUGGAUCGGGUCCUUCACUGUAAUAACUUGCAAAUUUCUCCUUUUCUCAUGAUGACAUAAAAAUCCAAUUUUCUAUUCUGAAUGUCAUCUUCUGUGUAUACAGACAGCGACAAGCUUUAUUGCCAAAUCUUUUAUUUGUAUUUUUUAGAUCUCUUCUUUUCUUUAUUAUCCCCAUAGAUCUUCCAAUCUCAACUUUUUAUCACCUUUAUCCUGCACCUCUCACCCUCAAAUAGUAAACAAAUUUAAGGUUUUUUAUUUUUAUGACAAGCUUAGAAGACAUUUUUUCUUUUGAAGAAGAGAGUAUGUAGAAGGAGUCGAUCAGAUAAAGGGCCGAAAAUGGGCCUCAAGCAAUUUGUCAUUUUCGGAUCGUUUUUUAAAAGGCAGCGAACGGAAAGCCGGAAGAAAAAUUUGAAAUGAUAAUGUUUGGAAGAGCGAGGGUGGGGGAGGUAAAAGUAAAUAGGCGCUUUGAACCGUGAAAAUUGGAGGUGUAUAAGAAUUCUGGAUAAAAAAAGAUAAACAGGCGUUUGGGCAAGCAAAACUCUUUUUAAGAUCUUGAAACAGUGGGCAAAUGAGAGUAGGCUUUUGACUGUUAUAAUAUAAAUACAAGACCUGUAUAAAGCACUCCUGUAAAACGAAAUAGCCUUAUAACGAGCGAUUUCAUAGGUUUUAUUUAAGAGUCAAUUUUAGAACUAAAUGGGCCUUUGUACAACGAAGCUGUCAUACAGCGAAUAAGUUUUUUGUUAUCCUGCGACUUGUUCUACAGAGAGCUGACUGUGCCGUAAAAUGUGUGCGUUGAGAAUUUUCUAGGGAAGAAAAGCGUGAUGCUUAUAGUCGAGGUUGGGUUUUUGGCAGGCCAUUUUUACAGGAAGCGAUUUAAUUUUGAUGUUUGGAUUUUUAAAAAUUUUUGUGUAUCUACUCUGUCUAUGGAGCUAGGAAGCGUAUUCUCUACAAAUAAGCUUGUCCUGCCCAGAAACUUCCGGAAUUUUUACGAAUCUAUCCAUUUUAGACAAUGAAAAAAGGACAAGAUGCCGCUAAAACAAGGGCUUGAUCAGAAACAUACGACUAUGAACUUACUAUGAAAAUUAUUGAUAAUUUUGAGCGGUAAUUCUUGUUUUUUUAUGGGAAAGAUUUGAUGCCAAAGAUCGAUUUGCUUCUGCAAACCUCAUGGUAAUAGUUUCUUGGAGUACGGUGAAUUAACCUUGUGCAAUUUUUAUUUUGAAUUUAUUAGGCGGGACGUCGCUGUACUUUUAUUACAACUUUCUUAGCCUAAUUGAACUCACAGUAACGGGUAAACCGCCGCUUCUAAAUGUGUUUUCCUACAAGUGUUGUACAUGUUAAACUACUUUCAUGGUGGCUUGUGGUGCCCUUUUUCAACGCGCAUCCCAUUCUUAAAACUUUUUUUGUAUUCUCUUUACAUAAUAUGUAAUUGUGUCCUUUUACAACACAGGACGAAUUCAACUCCCUCCGGUCUUUUUCGGGGUCGUCGGCAGGUGAGGGUGGAGCACGAAAAUGCCUCGGGGGCAUGCAAUGAAAGGGAUUUGUCCGGUCCUCCCUCUCAUUUACCCGCUGGGGAUUUGCGGCUGUAAUGGGCGGCCAGGUGUAAUCGGCGCUUUUUUGCCGACGUACAUUAAUUACGGCUGCUCUUUCAAAGUGUUUACAAUAGAAUUAAAAGUUUUGAAAACGGCUCAAAAAUAGCUCGAAAUAGCUUAAAGAUUAGGGGAAACUGGUCCAAGAAAAUCUGGAAAUCUGUCGUUGUCACAAUACGACGAUCCCGACUACAGUUUUGUCAUGUUUUUCAAAGUUUUUCGGAGAAUGUUGUUUAAUUCCCCCGGCUACGUUUGCUGUUGACGUGACAUUUGAUGGGCUACAGCAAUAUAUACUUGAGUUUAUGCAAUUUCGGCGCAGAAUUUGCGUCAUUUGAGUGGCAUUCUCCAGCCAUCUCUGGCUUUUCUUUUUGCAUGUUGAGCGUGAAUUUGCAAGAGGAAAGAAAAAAAUUGCGUUCUCAAGGGGGUUUCAGUUAAUUUUGGGGGAUUUUUGAGCAGUUUGGGAUGUAAGAUGAUACUUGUUUCUUUUGAGGGGUAUUUUUGUCCUAUUGAUAACGCAAUUUUGCUUCUAAUAAUAGUAGCAAGGAAGGUGUUUUAAAAAUUUUCUUGAUUUUGCAACAAAAAAGGCGGUUUGUAUGUGAAAACGACGUUUUAUGGUUCUUGGAAUGAUCGUAUUUUAAACCUAAUAGGUCUAUAUUGACGAAUUAUUCUUCCCAGUUUCUGCUUAUAUGGUUUCUAUCGAGAUCAGACUAAGAUUUGCUAAAUUAUGGCAGGUGUUUACUGAAAAAAACCCAUUUUUGCGAUUUUUUUAGAGUUUUAACUAAUUACUGCCGUUAAACCGUAUUGUAUUGUACAGAACAGCGCAUUAAAAACAGCCCAGACUACAGCCCUGACCUCCACACUUCCAAAUCCAGCCCCACUAUCCUCCGGAAUCCCGAGCACCCCUUGAAUGGAAACCCUAGUCGGGCCGGAUCACGGAAAGCCCGCACGGCCGCUCUCUGCCUCGGCCUUCACGUAACGCGAACCCCGGAUUUAAGAGGCUUUUAUAUCCCGACGGCCCUUUUCCACUCUUUUUGUCGUUCUUCUACUUCUUCUUUCCGUUCUUUGGUUGGCGAAAAAAAGGCUGAAACGGGGCAGAUCACUUUUCCCCCGAGGGCCGAAAAGGUUUCGAGUUUCGGCCGCCGACGAAGAUGUAUACGACGUCUGAUGGAGUGUUGGGGAGAUCGUGCCAACUUUUUCGACUACUUUGGAGGGGGAUUUUUGUGUUUUUUGAGGGUAGCGGAAUUUCAAGGUAAUAAUUUUAAGUUGAUUCUUUUGUCGAGUAAUUUGCCUGGAAAGAUGCUGGAAGACCGCUAGGAUUUCUUGCUAGAUGAAAUAUCGAGUAAAUCUUGACCUUUUUGCAGCUUUUUGAGGGGAAUUGGAGAAAACGAAGCUUAAAUAAUUGCCAAAUUAGUGUUUCAAGGAACAAAUCGACCUCAUUAGACUAUUUCUCCAAAUUUCGUACAUUUUUCGGACUAAAAUUAGUGUAAAACGAAUUCUUUUCGCACCGGACGACAUAAAAUUUCUUUUUCAAUAUUCUCGCACCAAGAUCCUACUACCUACAGCACUUGCUUAACACUUCCCUAAAGCGCUCGUCCAUUCGUUAUGCAGGGAUUUCCGUCCUUCAAACUCUUAUCCCCACGUCCGACGCGCCUUCUGAAGCGGCCCCGCACCAACCUGUGCAUUCAUUCAGAGGAGGCGUGAUGACGUCACAAGCCCCUUUCGCUGUGUGUGUUGUGUGUGUUUGGGGGGACUUGGGAAAGCCGGACGGGUCCGGGACAGCGGCCCAAAGCGGCCUUCGGAAGAAGAGCGAGAGAGAGAGAGUUGGAGCGUGUGUGUGGUGGAAUGUGGAGUACGUUUUCCUCGGCCCGAAAAGAGAGUGA